AUGAAAACCCUCAACCAAACCCGAGGAUCGGUAGAACAGGGGGACUACGGGAAGCUCGCUAUUGCCACAGCCGCCAUCCUCGGAAUCCUCACACUAGGCGCACUGACAUACUUGGUAGUGUGGUACGUUCGCCGAAGACUCCGCGCCCGACGUCUUCGUCGCCAGAACAGUCACGAGAAUGAAUUAUUCGACCAGUCCGCAGUGUCUCUGGCCGAGGACACAAGCAGGACCCUAGAUGACUUCCUCAUGAAGGAUAUCCAUCCUGAUAGGUCUUCAAUCAGGUUUAACAGAAGCCGAUCUCCAUCCAUCACCAUCGUCAUUGAUGAUGUCGACGCUGAACGCUGCAGGUCUCAGUCCCAGCCUUACCUCACAGAACGUAACACUACAACCUCUUCAUCUGCAAAUGCACACACCUUGGCACAGGUCUUGGCCCAGGAAUCCGGUUCUUAUAAUACACGGUGUGACCAGACUGAGGAGAGCAGCUCGGGACGGAGUUCAUCAAGCACGACGCCAAGAGCAUCUACCUCGUCGUCCACCGCCGCAACGGCAGGAUCCUCCCAGGCUUGGACUACGACCUCUGUUGGCACGUCGUCAAACCAGAGCCAAAGUCAGACGAGUAGCUCGGGAGAGCGUUCGUCAAGCACGACCCCAAGAGCAUCAAUCUCGUCCAUCGCCCCAACAGCGGGAUCAUCCCAGCUUUGGACUACCACCUCUGCCGGGGCUGAGACGUUUUCGCUUCUUAGCCAAUCUUCAAACUACUCGCACCGCCCUCAAAGCUCCACUGCCCCAUCGACUGCCCGCAGCUCACAGGUAUAUACACGCCGUUCGAAUGCUGCUUCUGGUGCAUCAAGUCGUCCGUCUAGUAUGGUCUUGGCGUCUGCAUCCCGCAUGUUCAAUGAGGCAGAAACUGCUCGGAUGGCGCACUCGAGAAAUAUCGACUCUGUUGAUUCAAUGAAUUCUACUUCUCCUAUUUCUCCGGUGUUGGUAGAUGUUUCGGCUGAAAAUGAUGUACUCCAAUGGACUUAUGUUCCCCCGGCUCCCUAUCCUUUCAGUCAGCGCUGA